AUGGACAGCGAAGAGGAGCAAGCGCCCCGGCGUCCGGCCCAGGGGCUCAUGGAGGAACUGAGGAGCCCCUGUGGCUCCCAGGUGCCCCAGGCCUCGGGCCACUCCUCGCAGGUGGCCGCGUGCUCCCGCGAGCCCCCCAGGCAGGCACUGCAGCUGCGGCCCCUGCGUGGCAGUGGCCCAGGAGCUGCAGGAGCUGAUGCGGCAGCUCUGGGGUCACAACGGGACAUGUGCGCCGCUCUACUCGGGGAUGUAGCAGGCGUUGUGGAAAGAACUGGAGGAGCUGGAGCCUCUGCUAUCUCUGGCAGCCUCCAUCCCUCGCAGAGGCUCAGUGAGACCUGUCAGUCUGCACAAAGUACAGAGCCCGUGGACAGGUCUCCCAGCUCCCUUGGACUCACGGACUUCAACGACGCGGCCGCACCCCUGAGCCUUGAGGUGGCCAGGGAAAGCCCAGAAGUCCAAACAGGAGCCCAGCCCGAUCCAGGGGAGCCUUCUCAGGCGAAGCUGGCUGAGCAGCAAGCAUCCUGGAGCCAGCAGCAGCCAUCCCGCAGCUGCCAGGACGCUGUGCUGCUUGUGCCGGCUGGCAACAGCCCGAGCCUGGUGGUGGAGACGAGCCUGGAGACACCAAGGAGGUUCCUCCAUCUCCAGGAAGCUGUCCCAAGAGAGCCCAAGAGGGCCACGAAGGGCUCUCUACUAGCAGCCCCGGCCAUCGUCAAGAGCAGAGUCCAGCCCACGAUGCCGGGACAGCGACGGUGCCGCCCCGCCCCGCUGCACCGAGGCUCCUGCGGCCGCCUGUGCGCGCUGCCCUGGCCGGAUUCUGCUGCUCGCCGGCCCGUCGGCUGCGGAGCGGGAGGCGGGGGCAGCGGCCGUGGGCUCAGCGUGCAGGCCGCAGCAUCGUGGCCCGACGGCACCUGCGUGCCCGUGGAGAUCGUGCUCAUGGAGAGGGUGGGCUCUGGUUGCCACAACAUCAUCCAGCUCCUCGACUGGUUCGAGCUGCCUGACAGCUUCAUGCUGGUGAUGGAGCGUCUGGAGGCAUCGCAGGAUCUCCUGCAGGUUUUGCUGGAGCGGGAGUUCCUGUGUGAGGAGAUGGCGCGCUGGCUUUUCGUCCAGGUGCUGGAGGCCGUGCGGCACUGCACCGCCUGCGGCGUCCUGCACUGGGACAUUAAGCCGGAGAACCUCCUCGUGGACCCGGACAGCGGCGACCUGAAGCUCAUCGACUUCGGUUGCGGCACCUUCCUCCAGGAGGGGGCCUACACGUGGUUUGCCGCGCCGCCUGGAACGCACGCCUACAGCCCGCCCGAGUGGAUCUGCCUGGGCCGCUACCACGGGCAUGCGGCGACCAUCUGGUCCCUGGGCGUGCUGCUGUACGUCAUGGUCUGCGGGGACCUCCCCUUCCAGGACAACCGUGCCAUUGUGCUUGGGCAGCUCUUCUUCUGGCUGCAGGUCUCUCCAGAGUGCCAGCAUCUGAUCCGCUGGUGCUUGGCCAUGCGCCCCGCAGACAGGCCGGAGCUGGAGGAGAUCUUGCGCCACCCUUGGGUGCGGGGCCGGCGUUUGUGA